UUCACCCGCUGGCAACCCUCGACACCCUCCCUCAGCCAGUCAAGUCAGCCCCAACAACACGUACUGCUCCAAGCCCUCAAGUGUACACUGUACACAGACCUUCCUGCAGAAGUCGGGACAACUCGUCAGGGUCUAAUCCCUACCCACAGCCUAACUAGCCCCCUAAAACACCCCAGAAGACCUGCCGGGCAGCGACACCCUCAGCCCCAACACUGCUUUCCAAGUGUACACAGCCCUUACUGUCGGGACAACUCAACAGGGUCUAAUCCCUACCCACAGCCUAACUAGCCCCCUAAAACACUCCAGAGGAAGAAGUAUAUAUCUACAGAGGCAACCAGACUCCUAAAACUUUGCCAGGACAACGUGCUGAGGCUGCCGCCGCAAAGGUUGGGGCCGCCUUCCUCAGCAAGACAGGCCGCCCACCACGCCGGUGUGUGGAGGGAAAGAGAACAAGGAAGGAACGAGGACAACAGCAACACACUAAACUGCCACAAAGGCUGCCCACCACGCUGGUGUGUGGAGAAAAAGAGAACAAGGAAGGAAUGAGGACAACAGCAACACACUCAGCAACCGCAAAGGUUGGGGCUGCCACACCUGGACAGCAGCAUGAGUGGCCAGGACAAGCAGGAGCAGACUGUUGCAGGGGGCAGGAGGCUUAGUGGUAAUCAGGUCAAGCAAUUUGUUGCUGGCAACUUCAGCAACAAAGGAGAGAUGAAGUUUGAGUGUCUGGAGUGUGGAAAAGGAUUCGCUUCAAAGAAUGGCCUCAGAUAUCACACCUUUACACACACUGGUGUAAAGAACCAUAAAUGUAAGGAAUGUGGGAAAAAAUUCAGCCAGAAGAGUAACCUUGCUACACAUACCCUUAGACACACUGGUGUAAAGAACUAUGAAUGUAAGGAAUGUGGGAAAGGAUUCAUCCAGAAGCUUUACCUUGAUCGACACACCCUUACUCACACUUGUGUAAAAAACUAUGAAUGUAAGGAAUGUGGAAAAAAAUUCAGCCAGAAGGGUCACCUUAAUACACACACCCUUACACACACUGGUGUAAAAAACUAUGAAUGUAAGGAAUGUUUGAAAAAAUUCAGCCAUAAGAGUGCCCUUAACAGACACACCCUUACACACACUGGUGUAAGGAAGUAUGAAUGUAAGGAAUGUGGGAAAAAAUUCAGCCGGAAGAGUACCCUUGAUGAACACACCACUACACACGCUGGUGUAAAGAACUAUGAAUGUCAGGAAUGUGGGAAAAAAUUUAGCCAGAAGAGUUACCUUAAUCUACACACCCUUACACACACUGGUGUAAAAGGUCAUGAGUGUGAAGAGUGCGGGAAGAGAUUCAGUGUCAAGUCAACACUCAAUGAACAUGUCUUCAGGCACUAUAGCCUUAGAGAGUUCAAGUGUGAUGUUUGUGGAAAGUUCUUUAAGGCAAAGAAAGACAUUGCUCAACACAUGAAGAUCCACUUCAGAAGUGUCUCUACCAACAGUAAUAAUAACCAGGUUGUUAGCAGCAGCUGAGCAUGAUAUGGAAAGGGAAGUGAAGGAGAAGUAAAAGUGAUCUUGUAAGAUAAAGAAGAAAGGUUUGCCUGUCAGUGUUGACAUAGAAAAAUUCAACGUACCUAAAGACUAUUGGCUUCCUCAAGUCCUGCAGGAUCACUUCAUAACCAAAUUGUCUGCCUAUCCAUGUACCAAGGCUGUCCAUGUGUUUUGUGAUGGGUCUGUUAAUGGCAGCAGGACUGGCUGUGGAUUAUUUAUUAGACUUUACCUUCCCCACUGAAUACACUGACUCUUGAGGUUUCCAAGAGGCUUCCUGACCAUCUGUCUUCCACAAGGGCAGAACUCUGUGCCAUUCUUGAGGCCCUCUUUAUUACUGUAGCCUUAGGGAAAACUGUGUAGCCUACCUGUUUGUUGACAGUCAGUGUGCCUUGUAUGCACUCCUGUCUUCCUCUCCCUCUGACUGUGACAGAGUCAAUAAGUGCCUCGGUGCCCUUAGCCUGCUAGAGCGCAGUGGUGAUUAUGCACAUUUCAUCUGGGUGCCCUCACAUGUUGGGUUACCCCACAAUGAAGAAGCAGACAUACUUGCUCGUCUUGCCUCUGAUGGUCUCACUGUACACUGUGUUAGGUGUUGAAUACACUUAGAAUUGUGUUAAGAGUAGACUUAGAUCUCUUGUCAGUGACUCACCUCUCAGCUUGUCUUGCGAUGUCAUGACGGCAGUGCCUUUAGCAUUCACUAUGCCUAAGUAUUGAGUCUCUGUACCCACACUUAUGGCAGACACAGUGCAUCCUAUGGUCUUGUGGUGAUGCGUCUGAGACUGGGCUAUGGGUAUUACUGGGAGGGCAGUGGGGCUGCCCCUGUGCCUUGCAGUUUGUGCCAGGGCAGGGGGUCAAACACUCCAUCGGUAUGUCCUGCAACGUCCCUCUAAUAGCUAUUAUUGCUCACAGGGCCACUGGGACCUGCCUGAGCUGGUUCAUUAACAAUAAUGUUCUUUCAUGUGUUUUAAGAGAGUAUCCUGCAGUUGCCCCUAGAUUGUAGUUCUGGGUGCAGUCCCUUGUGUCUGCCCCCUUGAUCUCGUCAUGGCUACCAUUUAUUUUUAACAUAGCACUUGUUCCCUAUCAUUAUACCUGUUUAGUUCCAUGGUGCUGCCAACGGAUGUGUCGAGUUGUACAAUCACACUAUGUAUUGCCUGAGGGUUGGGAUGGCAAGUUCCUCCCUUCUCCUUUGUUGUGUAACUUUGCAACAAUAAACCAACAAUCAAUCAA